AUGGCUCUGAACAAACUCAGUAUCGAUGCUUUAAAUUUAAGUGGAAAACGAGUUUUAAUGAGGGUGGAUUUUAAUGUUCCCCUAAAGGAUGGUGUUAUUACUAACAAUCAGCGUAUUGUGGCUGCAUUGGAUUCCAUUAAGUAUGCCUUAGACAAGGGAGCUAAAUCAGUGGUACUUAUGUCACAUCUUGGACGACCUGAUGGUCAAGCAAACCUCAAGUACACAUUGAAACCAGUCGCCGAAGAGCUUAAAAAACUUCUCAAUAGGGACAUAACUUUCUUGUCGGACUGUGUUGGGUCAGAAGUUGAAGGGGCAUGUGCUGAUCCCCCAGUUGGUUCAGUAAUAUUGUUAGAAAAUCUUCGCUUCCAUGUUGAAGAGGAGGGCAAAGGUGUAGAUGGCAGUGGAGCAAAAGUAAAAGCAGACCCAGCGAAAGUGAAAGAGUUCAGGUCUAGUUUACGCAAACUUGGAGAUGUUUACAUCAAUGAUGCUUUUGGUACUGCUCACAGAGCACACAGCUCUAUGAUGGGAGAAGGUUUUGACCAGAGAGCCAGUGGUUUCUUACUGAAAAAGGAGCUCCAGUACUUUGCUAAAGCUCUUCAUGAACCGGAGAGACCGUUCCUUGCUAUUCUGGGAGGGGCAAAAGUAGCAGACAAAAUUUUGCUUAUAGAAAAUCUGCUUGACAAAGUUAAUGAGAUGAUCAUCGGAGGAGGCAUGGCGUACACCUUCCUCAAGGAAACCCAAGGCAUGGCUAUUGGCAACUCUCUGUAUGAUGCUGAUGGUGCUAAAAUUGUAGCAAAACUUCUUGAAAAGGCAGCCAAAAACAAUGUCAAAGUACAUUUACCUGUGGACUUUGUGACAGCUGAUAAGUUUGAUGAGAAUGCACAGGUUGGCUCAGCCGAUGUUGCAUCUGGUAUACCUGACGGAUGGAUGGGUCUUGACGUUGGACCCAAGUCUAGAGAAUUAUUUGCUGAACCUAUCGCCAGAGCCAAAGUCAUUGUAUGGAAUGGACCUGCAGGUGUAUUUGAGUUUGAGAAAUUUGCUGGCGGAACUCGUGCUCUCAUGGACGGAGUGGUGAAGGCUACUGCUAAUGGAACUGUCACAAUUAUUGGUGGAGGGGACACCGCUACUUGCUGUGCUAAGUGGGGAACCGAAGACAAGGUUUCUCAUGUGUCCACUGGUGGGGGCGCUUCACUCGAACUUCUUGAAGGUAUACCUUCCCUCAAAGUUUUUCUAAUCUGCCAAAAGAAUAAUAAAGAAUUUCAUAUUGAAAUAUUGUCCAAUCACCUUAUUGUAAUUUGUAAAGUACUUCCAGGCGUCGCCGCACUGUCUGAUGCAUAA